CGCCCGCCGCUCGACAUGGCCGCCGCGCUGGGGAGGCUCCUGCGGGCCGCGGUGCCCGUCGCCGCCGCCGCCGCCGGGAGGAGGGUGACGGCGCGGCCCCCGCCCUGCGCCCGCCGCGCCCUGAGCGCCGGCGCCGCCCGGCUCGCCCCGGCCGUGACACAGCACGCCCCGUUCUUCAAGGGAACCGCCGUGGUGAACGGAGAGUUCAAGGAGCUGAGCCUCGAUGACUUCAAGGGGAAAUACCUGGUUCUCUUCUUCUACCCGCUGGACUUCACCUUUGUCUGCCCCACGGAAAUCGUGGCUUUCAGCAACAAAGCGAAUGAAUUUCGUGACGUGAACUGUGAAGUGGUGGCAGUGUCAGUGGAUUCUCAUUUUUGUCAUCUGGCCUGGAUAAAUACACCACGAAAGAGCGGCGGUUUGGGCAAAAUGAAUAUUCCAGUUCUGUCAGACCUCACCAAACAAAUCUCCCGUGACUACGGAGUGCUGCUAGAAGGACCUGGCAUAGCACUAAGAGGUCUCUUCAUCAUUGACCCGAACGGGGUCAUCAAGCACCUGAGCAUCAACGACCUGCCCGUGGGGCGCAGCGUGGAGGAGACCCUGCGCCUGGUGAAAGCAUUCCAGUUCGUGGAAACCCACGGAGAGGUUUGCCCGGCAAACUGGACCCCCGAGUCCCCGACGAUCAAACCAAGCCCAGAAGGUUCUAAAGAAUAUUUUGAGAAGGUGCAUUCAUAAGCACUCAAAUAUGUGGACAAAACUCUUAGUUACCAUUAACUGAAAACGUUAGGAAAGCGGCUGUGAUUGUAAAAAUAAAA